UAGGUUGGCGAUGGUAAUUGGAUUAUAAUUUUUGGUAAUAUUCAUGGAGCACAUGGACGACGAGGUCGCCAUGUUUUGUGGGGGGUACUUUUCCAAUGUGUGCGAGUGUGUGAAAAGGUGGAUCUGGGGAUGGCGCACAGGAUGCUGGAGUGUGCGCGUCGCGACGCCGGGCGCCGCAGUAUAUAGUCGACAGCUGCCAGGGUCUAGCGGUGGAUCCGGGCAGAUAUCCGGGGUAACGGUGUGGUGUUUUGCGACGGGGCAGUGAUCGCAAAAAAAACAAAAAAUAGGAGAAGAGACAGGGAGAGAGAAAGACGUGGUGAUUGCCACACAGGUAUUGAGAGAGAGAGAGAAAAAGAGGGAAGUUAUUGAAGAACAGGUCCGAAGAUCCCAUCAGGUGAACGGAUUCGUUCCUUCCUUCCUUUGCCCGUCCGACCUCCGAACUAUCUGUCUUUAACUGUGCGACCGUAAAUAUUCCGCUAAUAUGGGAUUGCGAGUGUUGAAAAGUACAUGCAAAAAAGAAGGAUUCUGAGGGACUCCAAGGGAGCGCGCGCGCCCCCCCAGACAACGAAAUGGUGUAUAAACUUGUCAAAAGAGAAUUGGACGUCGUCGCAGAGGGUCGUCGGUGAGGCAUCUAGUUGGAAGUUGAGGUAGCAGCGGUUGCGGCGGUGGUAGUGUUGUUGCUGCUGCUGCUGUUGGGGGUGUCGAGCUAGGCUAGGGGUGAGUCAGUAGGACCAUGAUGGCGUGAUGUCAACGGCGAAACGGCUCGUGUUAAGCUGGCGAGGGCGCAAGCAGUCGCAGGACUCCUCGUCUGUAGGCAGACUGGUGGGACACGGCGGAGGUGCGGGCGGUGGAGGAGGUGGCGGCGUCGGCGUCGGCGGCGGCAUCGCCACCCUCACUGCCCACCAUUAUCAGGACGGGCACGAACUCGAUGAAAUCGCCAUCGUUUCCAGCAAUGCAGAUCCAUGUCACGUCAAGUAUGGCAGUGGACCACUCACUACCAUCAACGGACCGAGACUUGUACCAGGUAUUAUUACAAGCGGAGGAGCCCGAAUGGUCGGCGAAAGACUGACGAGCAGUGGUACCCGACUGGAUGUAAUCUCACCGGUACAAUCAGCCCCAACGACUGUAGGACCCAAGUCUAGUACUGAAAGUGUUCAUAGAGCCCUUAUGUCUGUAUCUCGACAGAGCCUUUUAGGUAUGUCAAAGACCAGGCAACCAGUGUAUAGCAAUCCACCACGGUACUUCUCGGCAUCGCACGAUAGUUUGGCGACGUCUUAUGGAACGAGGGCAGCAAACGUCAGUUCAGCAGCCAGCGAACUGGAUCUGUCCAGGAAAGCUAGACGGAAAGACCUACGAGGUAGAUUGAAACUGCCGACGAACGUGGCUCUAGCGAGCUCCGGCGAGGCUCCGCUCCUUGGAGGUUGGAGAACUACGCCUGGAUCGACUGCCGGAACGAAUCCACCCUCAUCCAACCACCUUAACUCCACGAGCAGCUGUAAUGGCACAGAAAGUCGCUACGGUUUUAGAAGAGGGGAAUCCAUAAACUCGAGAUUCAGGACGGGGGCGGCGAAUUGGUCCUUCGUCUUUGAUCCUGCGGGGAGGCUGUGCUACUAUUGGUCUAUGAUCGUCUCUUUAGCAUUCCUUUAUAAUUUUUGGGUUAUCAUAUACCGCUUCGCCUUCCAAGAAAUUAACAGGGAAACAAUACUGGUGUGGUUUUGUCUAGACUAUUUCUCUGAUUUCUUGUACUUGAUAGACAUAAUGUUCCACUUUCGUACGGGUUACCUGGAGGACGGUGUUUUGCAGACGGAUUCGACAAAAUUGCGCAAUCAUUACAUGAACUCGACGACGUUUUAUAUUGACUGUUUGUGCCUGUUACCAUUGGACUUCCUUUACCUGUCGAUCGGUUUCAAUUCAAUCCUACGCUCGUUUCGGCUGGUAAAGAUUUACCGUUUUUGGGCUUUCAUGGAUCGCACGGAGCGACACACGAACUAUCCGAAUUUGUUCAGGUCCACCAGUCUGAUCCACUACCUCCUAGUUAUAUUCCAUUGGAACGGUUGCCUGUUCCACAUCAUUCAUAAAAACAACGGAUUCGGUUCUAAAAACUGGGUGUACAGUGACGCGGAAAGUGCUGACGUGGUCAAACAGUAUCUACAAAGUUAUUAUUGGUGCACACUAGCGUUAACGACUAUCGGUGACUUGCCUAGACCAAGAAACAAAUCGGAGUACCUAUUCGUCAUUCUUCAGCUGCUCUUCGGGCUGAUGCUGUUCGCAGCAGUGCUGGGACAUGUUAGCAACAUCGUCACGUCCGUCUCGGCUGGCAGGAAGGAAUUUCAAGACAACUCGGCAAUAU